AUGGCAACGACGGAGCAUUUAUCACCCGCACAAACGCCAGGACCGCAGCAACAGCACAAAUUACAGCAAGAACUUGAACCAGCAUUUCCUUAUCGUGAUGUGACCAUUAAGCGUGGCGUCGAUGCGCACGAAUUAUACGAAGUGCUGAGUGAAGUGGGCAGGGGCAAAUUCGGCACCGUCUACAAAUGCCAGGACAAGGCAACUGGCCUGAAAUUGGCUGCUAAAUUUGUGCCCAUCCCCAAGCGUGAGGAUCGACGCAAUGUCGAACGAGAAGUGGAAAUUAUGAAUUCUCUGCAGCAUCACCUCAUCAUACAGUUGUACGCGGCGUAUGAGCAUCAAAAAAUGAUGUGCGUCGUGCUGGAAUUAGUCGAAGGCGGUGAGCUUUUCGAUCGUGUGGUCGACGAUGAAUUUGUGCUGACCGAGCGUGUGUGCGUUGUAUUCAUACGUCAGGUCUGCGAAGCCAUGGAAUUUAUACAUCGUAAUAAUAUUUUACAUCUCGACUUGAAGCCAGAGAAUAUUUUGUGUCUUACGCAGGAGGGAAAUCGCGUUAAGGUCAUAGAUUUCGGUUUGGCGCGCAAAUAUGAUCCGAAUAAGCGACUGCAGAUCCUCUUUGGUACACCCGAAUUUGUUGCGCCCGAGGUUGUGAAUUUCGAUUGCAUUUCGUAUGCGACGGAUAUGUGGAGUGUUGGUGUGAUUUGUUAUGUUCUUAUCUCAGGUCUCUCACCGUUUAUGGGUGAAACAGAUAUCGAAACUAUGGCCAAUGUCACCAUUGCAAAAUAUGAUUUCGAGGAUGAAUCCUUCAGCAAUGUGUCGCCGGAGUGCUUGGAUUUUAUAGCAAAGCUGCUGGUAAAAGACUUGAACACUCGCAUGACAGCUGCACAAUGUCUGGAGCACAAGUGGCUGCUACGUCGACCCAAACAACCGAAAAUACUUGCGCCAAAGCCGUCAAAUGUACCGCCAUUGAAAUUAAAAGCAGCCACACCAUCACCAGUGCCACCACAAGAAGAGGAAGCGGAGGAGCAAGUGCCAGACGUGAAAGUGAUAGAAGAGGCAAAAGAAAAGUUAAAAAAUGAAACAAUUGUGAAACAAGCUGACCCAGUGCCAGACACGAACACGGCAGAGAAUAAGGAACUCGAUACUACCAAGGAUAAUUUGAAGAAUUUCAUCGAACGUUGGGAGGAGCAUCCGAAUAGCCCCUAUGUUUUCGAUGUCGAAAGUAAUGUGAUUGCGCCGCUCAGUGAAACAUCAUUUAAAAAGACACACGGACCCGAGAGCUUUUCAUCAUCACGAGUUUGCUCUCCUUCACCGUGCGAAUCCAUUGCCACGAUAAUCGAUGAUGAUGUUUUCAGCAACGCCGAUCCAGACAAUGACAGCCCGAGUACGCUAGCCACGCCAAUAAAUGAAUCGCGUGAGAAGCUCUUCCUCAGCAACGCCUCUCUAGCCGCAACAGCAGGCGGUGCGGCCUCCACACCGAAGAGCACAACGCCAACACCGCAACCGGCCAUACAGUAUGGACCGCAGCACCUGCUCGGACGUCAUGGCUACUGCGAUGAACUCAGCGGCAGCGGCACAAAUCUCAAUCAGCAAGAGCGCAGCAUGAAGAGCUAUUUGCACACUUUCGAUCGACGCAACUCGGAUACGAGUUAUAUGCUCGGACGUCGCGCUUCAGGUGAGCGCGUCAAUUUGGCCGACGAAAUACGCAAAUUGUCCGAUCAUUUGCUAAUGCUGGCGGAAAUCAAUACGAAACUCGGCAGCGAGACGAAGCUCGACGCGGACUCAAACAAUAAUAAGCAGAAGAAAUCGAAAGCCAGUGGCGAGACGUCUAAAGUCAAAACGAGUACUGCUGCUAAGACGACAUCAGCGAAGAAGGAAGCGACGACCACCAAACACAAAUUGGCAACGUCCGCGAGCAGUGAGCGCACUAAAGUAACCAGUAGUACAACAACAACGACAUCCUCUAGCACCACAACAAAUGACAUCAGCAGCAAGUCAUCAACUAAUGGAGUUAAAUCGAAAUUCAGCACGGUCUCAAUGCGUCUACACCAAUCUAUCGAAGAGACACCGAAGCUAACCAAUGGCGGUCCGAGUUUUGGUGUACCUUGGAAGUCUACUUCCACUACCACAACCAAAAAGUUUAAAAAAGUAUCCAUAGUAACGCACGAUGAAAGCAGCACAGAAGCAGAGGAAAAACAAGAACACCGACAAUCACACGAAUCGGCUAGCAUACGACGUGCUAAAUUUCGCAUCAAUCAAAUGUCACGCGAUGUGCCAAUCGGGGUGCCGAACAUCCAUCAGGCGGUCAAUCUCGAAGAGGCCGCUAACACGACGAAAGAUUGUCUACUGCAUCUGCUCGAAAAGUACAAUGAGACGAACCAUUGUCGCAAUCCCAUGACGCGCCAUCAAAGCAUUAGCGUCGAUUGGAAUGUUAGCGACAAUCUGGAGUAUCGUUCCAUGAGCUCCAUCAAUGCGUUCUUCCAGCGGCACAACAACACCGGCGAAAAUGUGCGUCAACUGCAAGCGCAAUUGGAGAGUAAAACUGGUGUGACAGGCGGGAGCAAGUCGACUGGUGGUGCUUAAAGCAACUGCAGCUCAUCGCUGAACGGAAACAAGAAAUCAAAGAGCAGCAGAUAGGAAGGCAGCUAGUACGUCUGCGUCCAUUCUAGUCUUCAAAACAUUUUCGUUUUAUUUUAAAAGCAUAUACAGAGAAAUUUUAUUUUAUUUUUGUUUUCCUUUUUUGUCGUUAAGCUCUUGUUUUACUCUUGAAUACUUAAA